AAAUGAUAACCAAAGAAGUUGCCAAAUACCGAGAGUGAAUCGAAGUUGCAGCAUACUUGGAUUAGAACAACGCUUGCGUUGUUCGAAGAAAUCGAACGAGUGUUUGAGUUCAGUGUAGAAGUGCUGACAGGAAAUCCGGCAAAGUGUGUAGUUUACUUUCACCGCAGCUCCAGGUCGCAGGCCCUCCUGGCUGCACCCUGGAACCGGAUCAUUUCAAAAUUCUGUCCACCGCCGGAACCACCGCGCACCAUCAGCUGCAAACGCCGUCCACGCUGUUGUCCAGUAUUACCCACAACAACAACUACCUGAGCGCUAGCAAUAGCCAUCAACUUCCAGCCAUGGUACUCCAGAGUUACGACGUAUCGCUCAACGAUGGGGACAACGUGUCGCCGUACGCCGGCGACUACGCCCCUUCAUCCCUGCUAGCCAACGCCAACUACUAUUCGGAAUUGGACGCCACAAACCUCUACCAUCAUCACCACCACCAUCACCAGCAACAGCAGCAGCAGCACCAUCAUCAUCAGCACCAUAGUCAACUUCAGCAGCAACAGCAAGGUUACACAUCCCUCCACGAUCGUAGUAAUAGUUCCCCACCUCCGCUGAUCCAAUCCUCCAACCAAUCCGGAAGCGGAGCGGGAGGCGGGGGAGGAGGAGGCGGAGGCGGAGGAGGCUCCGGUGGCAGUAACAACAAUAGUAGCAGCACAAACUCAACCUCCUCUAGUGGUAAUAGUAGUAGCAAUAGUAACAACAACAACAACAACAACAGCAGCAGUAUGUCCUCCUAUCUGUCAUCGAUGGCGGCGGCCGUGAGGAAUGCCAACAGUAACAAUAGUGGCAACAACAACAACAGCAGUAGUGCGAAUAGUUCCAACUAUCCUAGCAGCAAUAGUGCGAAUACCCCAUCGACGGCGUCCUCCGGAAGCGGCGGAAGUCACCCGCAAAUGAAGGAAGAGCACGAACCGAACAGUUUUAUCAACAUCGACGAGCUGCCGAACUUCGGCGUCGUCCCGGGUCACUACGACGAUCAGGACCAGUACCACUCGCUACCGCAGCCGGAAACCCAAACGCCCUCCCACGGCUAUCUGGAGAACAGUCCGGAGUUCUAUUCCGCCAUCCAGAUGGAGCAGAAGUACAUGGCCCCGCACUACAAAACCGGCCCGUAUACGAGUCGAGGCGGCCGGUACCACCAGCCACAUGCUCACGGUGGCGGUGGAGGUGGAGCUGGGCCUGGCGCUGGCGCCGGAUCCCAAAACAGCCACCACCAUCAUCACCACCAGCACCACCACCCGCACCACGACGCAUACCCGGAGUACAGUUCGCCCUACGACACGCCACCGUUCCAGACCGUACCGAGCAAUACGACCUCGCCACAGGGAUCGGGAAACAACAACAACGACAGCACCGGUCUCGGAGGUCACAUGGACCCCUGGAGCCAGCUGCACCACCCCGGUCAACAUCCGGGUCACCCGGGAGGACAUCCGUCGCUGUUGGACUUCCAACAUCCGGCCUACAUGGGAACCACGAUGGGCUUCGAUAAGACGAUGCUCGGAAGCUACGGAGCGCAAGGUGGCGCGCCAUGUUUCACCGGUUCCGGACCCAUUCAGCUGUGGCAGUUCCUGCUGGAACUCCUAACCGACAAGACCUGCCAGAACUUCAUCUCCUGGACCGGCGAUGAGUGGGAGUUCAAGCUGACCGAUCCGGAUGAGGUGGCACGCCGGUGGGGCGUCCGGAAAAACAAGCCAAAAAUGAACUACGAGAAGCUAAGCCGAGGCCUCCGGUACUACUACGAUAAGAAUAUUAUCCACAAAACUGCCGGCAAGCGUUACGUCUAUCGUUUUGUAUGUGAUCUUCAAACUCUGUUAGGAUACUCAGCCAAACAAGUGCACGAAAUGGUUGACCUCAAACCGGACAAAAAGGACGACGAGUAAAAUGCCAAAAUGCACACUCUACCCUCCCGUCAAAAAGUGUAGCCCAAAGCAUGCUUCUUGCUCAAAGAAAACCUAACCAAUAAGCGGGAGCGAAACCCAAAACCUCCUUAUACUUACAAAAUUUCACCCUUUUCGUGUGAAUCGUGCUUCCAUCGAACGGCUAAAGAAACGAAAACCCAAUCGUGUUACCCACAUUCUACCUUAAAUCUGUGUUUCUUCCCAAAAAAAAAAACAAAACAAAACAAAGAUCGUACUUUUACAAUCUACCAAAAAAGGAAAACAAAAAAACGAUAAAAUCCAAAAUCAUAGUAGACAGAGAGUGCAGCAGCAGCAGCAGCACAGUGGAUGAAGCUCAGUGUGCCUUACGACGCGACAAGCUGACAGUUCAUUUCAAAACAACAAUCGAGUCAACCUCUCUCUCUCACUCUAUCACUUUAACACAAGCCAAGCACAUCAUCCAAGUAGGCUGAUGUAAAGAAAAAAAAAAACAGUGACCCGCAGAUUUCCCCCAAACAAACAAGUUAAGAACUACGCAAGAUCAAGAUCCGCUCCCGGAUGCAUCCGGUUGAUUCCGGUUGCGGAAAAGGUAAGCGAAACUUAAAUCUACUUAAAAAUACAAAACAAAAACAAAUGUUGAGAACUGCGGUGCGGAAAGCGAAAAGCUUUUUCCCAGGCAAAAUGCGAAUAGUGGACAAACAAAAAAAAAAAGAGGUAGAGCUCCACAGAACGGAAGAAAGCAAGAAACAAACUUUAUUUUAUUUUUCCUUAGUUAAAAUAAUUAUUUGUGAAGCUUUUGUGAUAAGUUUUUUUUUUUCUUUAUUUCUAUUUUUACUAGAUAUAAUUGCUUAUAUAUAUGUAUGUAUGAUUAUUACUAGAUGGUAGGCCACACAAACAUGAGAUAGAAAAUGAGAAAUUCGGAUUGAGAAGACGUUCCACACGCCUUCUUUUCAGCCGAGAAAAAGAAGCGAAAGGCAUCAGAACACGAUCCUAGUAAACAAUGAAAAAAAAUGAGCAGUAUAAACAAAUCAAGUGAAUGUUCUUUGUAGUGUAAUAUUAUUCAAUGAUAGAAAGCUAGAUCGAUCGAGACGAGUGAGCGAAGCAUUUUUUUUUCGAAUGAGCGUUGUUAGGAUUGAGUGAGUUCGCUCGCCCCCUCCCCUCGCUAGGAUAUUUUUUUCAUUUUUUUUUAUACAAAUCAGCAGUGGAGGGUGGAAGCAGCUGAUCUCUACUGCGAGUAAACACACACACACACAAAAAAUCAGAGUACUAUUCUAGAGCUUAAUUUGCAGUUCGUGUUUAUAUUUAGUUUUAUAGAAAUCGUCAUCGCCGUCUGUGCUAGAGGAGCGUUUGAGAACGAGAGAACGUGGUACACGUGAAUCAAUCACGUUUGAGUGAGAACGGUGUAGUUAAAAUGUAAGUGAUUAUAAAAUAGAAGCAGAAAUAUUAUUGUAAACAGAAAAAAAAGUAUCAACAACAACAACA